AUGGAAAAUGUACGUUUAAUUGAACAAGAAGAAGAACAAAAUGUUUUGAGUAGCGUCAUUAAUUCGGAGGCGGUGGAAACCAUAGACGAUCUUGAAGAAUAUAAUGAAGAAUAUAAGAAUCUUCAUCCAACAGGAGUAUUACUAUUACCAUUAGAAGAGGUGACAACAAUUGACCAGGAAAUGAAAGAAAAACAAAAUUUAUUUCAAUUGAAUUAUAAGAAAAUAACUGAAGAAGUUUCAACUGUAAAAGAAAAAGAAACUGGAAUGCAGAAAGAAUUCAUCUCAUCAAUCGAAGAUUUGAUUAAUUGGAUGAAUUCUCGAUUUAAUAAAAUUUUGAUUAAUCAUGAAUUGUUAAAACCAGUUGUUGAUAUCAAUGAAUUUAUUAUUGAUCUAGAUUUAAUAAAUCCUUUGGAUGAAUCAUUAUCAAAAUUAGAAAAUGAAUUAAUAAUUAAACAAACCGAUGAAUUUAAUAGAUUAACUAAUAAUAAUAAUAAUAAAGAUCAUGAUAUUUUAAAAUCUUUAAACUUAUUAUGGGAAAGUUUUAAAAGUUUACUAAAAUUAUCAAAAUCAAAAUUGCAGGAAUUAAAUUGGACUUCUAAUUUAUUACAGAAAAUACAAGGAAUUAGUAUUGAAAUUCAAAAGGUUGAAGUAAUGUUAGAAGGUGUUGAAGAAUCAAGGAAAAAAACUCACGAUGAAUCGACAACUUUUGCAACACGAAAUAAUAAUAGUGGUUUAUUAACAUCUUCACCUAAUUCAAGUACAGCAAAUUUCAACAUUAACAAUAACAACGGUAAUGAUACUUCUAGCACUAACCCUACCGCCACGUCAUUACACAACACUCCUGUAAUAACUAAUGCAGCAAGUAAAGCUUCAUUGACAUCUUCUGCAUCAUCAUCAUCUUCCAUGAUCGCUGAUGAAGGAAUAACUGUCACCAGUAUUGUAUUCUCUUCUUCCCUGUUAGAUGAAUGGUAUACAAAAGUAGUUGCUGCUGAUGAAUUAUUAAAGCAUGAAGUAUAUGAGCAAGUUAAAGAACUAAUAAACUUCUAUCAACAUGAGAAAUUCAGAGCUCCAAUAGAUUUGGUUAAUCACGUAAUAGAAAUAGUAAAUCAUGUCAUCCCUUUAUUAAGUGAUAAAAUCUAUUAUAUUCGCCAAACAUUGUCUCAAGAUAGACAUAUAGGAAGAUGGUUUGAUGGCUCAAAUGAAUCAGACAAAUGGAUAUCUGAUACUUUUAGACGAGUAAAACAAUUCGAAGUACCUGAUCUAAUAAAUAAAUAUGAUUGGACUGAUGAAAAACAAAAUAUUGAAAAUAUGAUCCAAGAUCGUCGCCGAAUAAUUUAUGGAAUAAAACAAGAUAUUUUACAAUUUGAAAAUGAACGUUUAAAAGAUUUGGAACGUAAAUCAAAUGACCUCUGUUCAAUAAUGCUAAAUCAUCAACCCUCCUCCAACUCUCCCGAUCCAGCCUCCCCUAUUGCUACCAGUGCCACUACCACCACCACCUCAUCAGUAUCAUCAAACAACUCCUCAAUCAUCAUUCAAAAUUCUCAAGAAGAUUUAUUAGUAAUAGAAUUGAUGGAAAAGCAAUUAAAAAGUCUAAAGGAAAAAUUAACAAAAUUAAAAAAAUUCAUUGAUAAUAUAUUAUUGCAAACUAAUGUUGAAAGCUUUUUAAUGAUAAUUGAUAUUUUGGAAAAUUUACAAAAUUUACGUAAUGAAAUAACUCAAAUUCGUAAAUCAAUCAUUGAACAUAAUGAUGCUAACAUGGUAAAAGAUGAUGUUAUAAAUGUUGAAGAAAAAAUAAAAAAUUUUGAAAAACAAUUACCUCAUAAAACAGAAUCAUCAGAAAAUUCCAAUGAUAAUAAUAACGAUAACACAUCAACUAUGAAUACCACCGCCACCACAACUAAAAAAACCAAUACUACUUCACCUGGUUUAGUAAAGGCUUUAAAAAAUAAACAUAAGAAGUUAUUAUUAACUAUACAAAAUAUUAAGAUUGCUUUGGCUGAAAACAAAUUACAAAUGGCUGCCUACUUGUCACCUUCAUCACCCUCAUCACCUACUUCUGCCAAUUCUGAAUUUGAUAAAUUAGCUAACACAAUUGAACAAAAAUUAGAAAAUUUCUAUACAAGAUUAUCUUCUCCUCCAACAUACAUGUUGGACUUUCAUGGGUUGACAUGUAAUGAUGAUCAUGUUGAAGAGUGGAGUGAGCGUUAUAACAAGAUAGAAUCUGAAUUGAUUCUGUUUGAGAGAAGUUUAUGGGUAGAAUUCUGGUUGAAGUCUGAACCUGCUAAACGAUUACGUGGUGAAGAGGUGAUUGGUCGAAUUAAUAAGGCAGAAAAAACAUUUGCUGAUAUUAAAGAUUUGAUGAUUUUGCGCCAAAAUAAUCUACAAAUGAUUAGAGAAGGCAGAAAAUUUGCAAAAAGUGCUAAUGCAAUCAGAGAUCAACUUGACAUCAUAAAGGGUAAGAUGAGGCGUCAAGAUACCAAGACUGAUGCUUCAAUACAAGAAUUAGAUGCUCAUAUGGCUGAUGCCUUGGAAAUGUUAAAUAAUCUUGAAUCAGCUUAUCAACAUUUGAUAGCUCCUGAUGUUGGAGAUGAAAGGUACCGUGAAAGAUUUGAUGAACAACUAAAUCAGUUUAAUUUGGUAGAAGCUUGGAUUAAAGAAGUAAAAAUUUGGUUCAAAGAGGCUGAACGUAUGCGUGUAUGGAUAGAUAAGCACAUUGUGGUAUUAGAAAAUUUUCCAAAGUUUGACGCUCUUCAAGAAGGUAAAGUACCUGCUACUCAAGAACAGGUUGAUGAAUGGCAAGAUGAUUAUGAUAAAUUGGAAUUAGAAGUUGAGAAAUUUGAUGCUGAAGAUAUGACUAGAUUAAGAGCUCACCAACUUGAUAUUUUAUUGGGAUUAUCAAAACAAAGAUCAAAUGAUUUAUCUGUGUUGGCACUUAGAGUAGAUUGGGAAUGUGAAUUUGCUAAAGCUUUAAAUACAUGGAAUAUAUUGAUAAACAGCAUUAAAGAUUUUAUUAUAAACAGAGGUAGAUGGAAACAACCAAUCGGUAUAAGAGAUGAUGAUGGGUGGUUCAUUAAUGCUAAUCAACCAAACCAGAAAGAUGUGUUAAUUGAAUUAGAAUCAAUAAAUCAGUAUGUAAUAAGUUUUGAAAGUGUCAACAUACCUGUAACUGGGCAAAUAUUUGAUGAAUUAGUGGAGACCUCAUUAGUGGAAGUGCCUGAACAUCUACUUAUACGACAAGAAAACCUUGAAGAAAGUGAUCUGGUAUUUUUAAAAUUAUAUUUUGAAUUUUGUAGAAAUGUUUUGCAGCAACGUCAAGAAGUUUUAGAGUAUGCUCAAGUCAGCGAAACUACUUAUAUUGAUGGUUUGAAAUUAAAAAAUGAAUUAAUAGAAGAAGAAAGAAAUCCAAGAGGUGGUCUCAUAGAAAAGAAAUUCAUAGAAAGAGUUGAGGAAUUUAAUAAAAAUAUUGAACAAGCUUGGAGUAAUAUUGGUGAAAAAGUCAUCUACCCAGUUCACUCAGAUCAUGAUCAAAAUGAAAAUCAUUUGGUCAAGGAAGGUGUUGAUGCUUAUCAUCGUAAAAUGGAAGACUUGAAGUUUAAAGUUAACAAAGCAAUGAAAGAUUAUCAAGAUGCUUUUAGACUACUCGAGAAGGAAUUACAACAAAAAUCAGAUGACUUGUUUAAUGAUAUUUCUAAUUUAGAAGAUUUGGUCAACAAAAGAUUGGCAAUGCUUGAGGAACGUAAGAUUGAUCCAUUGGAAACUGAGUGUUUACAUAAUGAGGAACAAGUGAAAGAAUUGUUGAAAGAACAUGAAGAAUUUUUAGCUGAAAAUAAUAGAAUUGAUUUGGAGGAUAUUAAUCAAAUUAAAGAAGGUAUUGAGAAAUUGGUCGAGGACAUCAAGUCAUCAAACAAUGAUGAUCCUGUUGAUCAGAUACAUUUACAUGAUGCUUUUAAAAAGUUGAAUGAAAAGUUUGCUGAACUACAAUUAAAAACAUCAGAAAGACAAUUAGACCUAUCAGUAUUACAGCCAUGUGCUAGUUGGGAAGAUAAAAUUGCUCCUGGAAUGCAAUCUUUGAAUGAUUUAAUUAAUGAAGUUAACAAAUUCAUUGCAGAAAAAGCCAGAUGGAAACCUGAUGAUCAUGAUAAUAAUAGCACUACACCUGUUGAUAUUUUAACCAAUGAUGAUGAUAAAGUUGAUAAUCUAGGUAACGUUGCUUCAAAUGAAAAUAAAGUAACUAAUGAUUCGACUACUAUUCCAACUAUUGAUGAUAAAACAGCAAAAGAACCAAAAUUAGAUUCAGAACAAAAAUCUCACAGCUUGGCAGAAAAUACUGGCAAAGAUGAUAAACCAACUUCAACUGAAAAGAAUAUAAGCUCGGAUGAAGAAGGGGCAAGUUUGAACGUAAAUAAACCAAUUCCAGAGAAAACAAAAUUAGAUCUGAAACAAGAGUUUGAAACCUUGGCAGGAAAAGUAAAAGAUUUUCAAGAAAAUGUAUUGGAACCAUUGAAAUCAUCAAAUGAAGAUAUGGUUUCAACAAUCAAAGACUUACUAUCAAAGGAAUGUCCAAAGCAUUUAUCAGAUCGUCAAUCAGAUUUUGAAAAGAAAUUUGAUUAUUUGAUGGAUAGAGUAAAUCAGGGUAAAAAUGUUUUGGAACAACAUGAUGCAAUCAAUGACUUUUUGAAACAGGCCAAAGGCAUUAUUGAUUGGGUGAAUCCACAUUUAAAAGUUCUUGAUGAUAUAUUGAAAGAUGAUACUUUGGGCGAACUUAGUGAAGACAAACUACAUGAUUUAUUAGAAGAAGUCAAUUUUGUUGAAUCAGAACAAAAGGCCUAUACUGAUUUUUAUGAGCAAGUUAAGAAUUUAGCAAAUGAUUUAGUAAACCAAAUGAACAAAGAGAUUGCUGCUAACAACAACAACAAUAGUGAUGGAGAUAUUGAUCUUGGUAUUGAAGCAUUAAAUUCUAAAGAAGUGGAAAUUGAUGAUUUAUGGCAAGAAUUACAAGAUACUAUACCAAAAACCAAACAACAAUUAGAUCAGGCAUUACAAGUAGUUGAUUUCAAAGAGAGGAUCAAAGAAAACUUCUCCAAAGUUGACAACUUAUCUGAUAUAAUAUCAUCUUCAUUGGUGGAUGAGGUGAGCAAGGAUGACAUCAAAGAUUGGCAAACUGAAUUGAAUGGUUUAGAACAAACGGAACUAUUCUCAUUGAUUAAGCUACAUGAUAAUGUCAAAGAGAGUCUUUCAACAAAUCUUGGAGCAAUUACCAAGAAAGAGUCAGUUGUUCUUGAGGAUCUAUUAAGGAAUGUUGCAGAUAAGAUCAAUAAUCUAAAGAAAUUGAUGAACAAUAAGAUUGAUGAAGUUGAGGCACACAUAUCAGCACAAAUCACUGGGGAAUAUUUGGCUAGAGUUAAUGAUUUACAAAGUUGGAUUGAAAGGCAAUUUGAGGAUUUUAUCAAUGGUCAGUCACAACAUGGUAUAAUGGUGGAGACAUCUGAGCAAACAAAUAAAGAAAAUCUUGAAAACUUGUCUAUAAUAUUUGAUAAUUUCCAAAAAAAAUUGCCAGAGAGGUUUGAACAGUUCAAUAGUAUAAUAGAAGAAUUUAAUAAUAUCACAUCACAGGAAGGCAUACGUGAAUUGCAGGAUGUAGUCAAGGCACAAACAGAAUUGAAUAAAUUGUGGGAAAAUUUGGAUUUAAAAUCUAAUGAAUUCAAAGAUUUCAUCAAUAAAGUUGGAAAAUGGCAUGACCAACAUGAUAUUAUAUAUCACGUAGAGAAUGAUAUUUUUGACGGACUUGAGAACUGUAUCAAUAAAUUACCUAGUACACAUUAUGACAAUUUAGAAUUUGAAACUAAAGGGUUGGAUGACAAAUUACAAAAUGCUAAAAAAAUGCUCGAAGCAGCCAAAUUUGGUGCUGGACAGAUAGUUGAUGUUGAAAAUGAUAUUUUAGAUAAUACAAAUCGUCAAAAUUUUAAUAAGCAUCUUUUUGAUAUCACCACUCAGCUUACUGAAUUAUCAAAUCUGUUUCAAAAAGCAAUAGAAAAAGCCAAUAAUGAUUCAUUAUUGACAACAUUUGAUGCUGAUGUUGAUAAAAUUAUUAAUGCAUGUUUGGAAGAUGCUUCAAAAGUUGAAUCGAGACAUAAUGAGUUCAAUGAUAGUGAAUAUUAUUCAUUGAAAGCCAGUGAAUUGAACGAUCUGAUUAAUAAUGCCAUGAUUGGAGUUUCAGAUAGUGAGGGAACACUGAAGGAAUAUGAAGCACAAAUAAAUGUUAACUUGAAAGCUGAGGCUGAUAAGUUAAUCAAAAUGGACCCUGAAGCAAAUAAGGAUCGUGUACAGAACAUAUUAAAUAAAGCUACGCGAGCAUUGGAAAACUUUUCAAAUAGUAUUUCAGCUGAGAGAUGUGAAAUUGAAACAGCCAAGAAAAUUUAUCCACAAACUGAAGCAUCAGAAGAUAUUAAGAAAUGGAUUUCAGCUUGUAAGGUGGCUGCAUUAAACAUUCAAGUUGGUGAUAUGGAUCAAGAAGCAGAAAUCAAAGAAUUAGAAGAAAAUGCAAUAACUUUUCAACCUACUAUUGAUGCUUAUAAAGAUAUGAGUCAACGUGUUAUUUUGCCAAUCGUCAUUAAUGAUACUGAUGCCACUAGCAAUAAUAAUGUUGAAAUUGAACCUAAAAUUAAAUAUGCUGUAGAAGCCAGAACAAAUAAAGUGUUAGAAGAUUGGGAUUCGUUAACAGAUUUAUUGAAAAGUUUAAGAUCAAGCUUGAAUGCAUCUAAAGAAGUACAAGAAGUUUCAAAAGCCAUCAAAGAUAUCUUAGCAUCAAUUGAUCAAGUGAAAGAACGAGUUUUGAACAUUGAAUCAUUCUUUAUUGAUGAGGGAGUACCAAAAUUACCAACAAAAGAUGAUGUUGAGAACAACCUAAGAGAACUUGAUGAAAUACAAGCUGAAGUUGAUCAUAUACUUGGACCAAGAAUUGAAGCAUUAGAUGAAAGUAUCAACAAUUUACCAGAGCAUGAAACCAGUUUCGUUCAACAACGUUCAGGUAUAGCAGAAAUAUUGACAAAUUUGGCAGGAAUAAUGGAUAACAAACGAUCACAACUACAUGAAGCUGAGAAAUUGGCAAUUUUUGGUACUAAGGCAGAUGAAAUGAAUACAUUGAUGAGCUCACUGCUUGAAAUUGUUGAUUUAGCCACAACAACAAUGGAUGGGUCACCAUUAUCAUCAUUGAAUAAAAUAGAAUUGGAUGCAAGGUCGAUUGAGUUGGGAAAGCAAUAUUCACAUUACCAACCUAAAAUAGAUCAGAAACUUGAAGAUGUAAAACAAGUAUCAGAAUCGGUUAAAGAUGAUUGGCGAGUAAUUGAUCGAUUGAGUAUUUUGAAGGAACAAUGGGCAGAAUUGACUGAAGUGACAAAUGCCAAACAAGAUGAAUUGAAAAAAUUACCAUCUGAAGAACAAAAUAUUAGAACUGAAAGGCGUACAAGAUCCAAUUCUCAAACAUUAUCACCGCACAGAAACUUUUCACCAACUAGAAAAAGAUCAUUAUCUGCAAGACCUCCAUCACCUAGGAAACGUGGUGCGGUAUCACCAGGAUUAUCACCAGGACCAAGACAUCGUCAAUCCAAUAGAUUAACACCAAGUCCAACAUCAGGAUUGCUAGGAUCACCAAAAAAACCAGCAACAAGAUUAUCGCCACAUAUAGUCAAUAAUUAUUUACCUGAUCCAAAAGUCCAAUUAGAUGUUGAGGUGGCAAGGAUAGUUAAUGCAUCCCCAGUGAAAAUAAAAGUUUCCGUUGUAGAGAGAGAAUCUGGAAAAUAUAUGUUUGGAGAGGCUGAGCCUAAACUUUGUCAUUGUCGUAUUUUAAAAAGUAGAAUGGUAAUGGUUAGAGUUGGCGGAGGAUGGGCUGAAUUGUCAAAGUAG